AUGUCCAGCAAGGUAACUAUUCCCACUAGCCUCCCUGAAAACGUCCGGGACUGGAAACGCUCUGAGGUACUCGAGUUCCUUAACGACAACAGAAUCCAGUAUGACCUCGACGAAGAGGACAUUCAAAUCAUCGAAAACAACAAGGUCGCUGGCGUUGCCCUUCUCUUGCUGACUGAAGAGAAGCUUCUCCGCAUUGGGCUGGCCUAUGGGCCUGCUGUGGCUAUCGCUCAGCUUGAAAAUCCACCACUCCCAACAUACAAAUCUUCUGUAAACCUCAAAACACCAAUACCUGAUGUAAAUGGCCCCUGCCUACUAUUUGCAAACCUCCCCAACAAUGAAACUAUGGCAAUGACAAAUGUUCAAUCCCUAAUGAAGGCCAUAGGACGACAUAAUAGGAUGGUG